AAUCUCUGUAUGUCUACAAUGAAGAUUUCUCUAAAUAGGCGUGGGGAUGCGCAGCUUGAAAACCUCAUGGUAAGGCUGAGCAACUCAGCCAAGUUUUGCUUGGAGGGUAUCAAGCAUUCUUCUGAAUCAAGAGCUCUAAUCAUCGCCGCGAGUCGUGUUGACGUGAAUGGAAUGAUGGGUAAUGCUAAGGGGGGGUACGCUGAUCGGUAAGACUGCCAUUGCAGCUACCAGUAAGUUACUUGAUACAUUUACUGCUACUGGUGAUAGCACAAAUGGCGAUGGGGGGGAGGGGGGUCGGCCUAGUAUUUGCCUUCUUCUAAUAGGUCGGUCACCUUGAUGCUGUGGAGUGUCAAUCGAAUUUGGAGUCACCCUACUGUGGUUUCAUGCCGAUGCUAUUUGGAGAACUGUGUGAGAAAGGUCUGCCAAGGCAAAAACUUCCCUACGCUGGUAGUGGUGCGCUUCUGUUGGUGAGGAAUACUAGCUGUUGUCGAUCAACAUGUCCCUCACGCAGCAGAAAUGCGUCGGAGUUCAGCGAAUGUGGCUACUGUUUGCUUGGGCAAUGGUGAUCUCCUCGACGAGUGUGCAAGCCGCGCAGACCAACGUGUCGAGCAUUUGUUCGCCGUCCGACCCGGUGCCGCUCGUCGUGAAAGGGGCUAUCACGUAUAUCUGCGUCAAUGUGAACAAUAAAUACCGUACGCUCUUCACUCCCGUCGCCGACAAGUUCACCGUACUGCGCAUCAGCGACUCCUGGAAUGAUACUCGUAUAGGUGCCAACCCCUCGAGUGCAUUCCUCACCGUGUCGAGUCUCAAAUACCGCACAAACUACAAGCUCUACUCAUCAGCCGCGACUGGCCGCAUCUCUCCGUACAUGACCGCUAUCAUUUCAGUGAAAAAGGGCGUCGUACAAGGCGUGAGCUGGGAUGAAGGUUGCUACUUUUGCACUGCGGAAAUGUGCGACUAUAAUCUGUUCUCAAAGCCUGAGGAAACAACCUCGGCGCGGCUCAGCGGUCAAGGCAAAACAUGCUACACUCCAGUCGAUAGCUGCACCGGCACAUCCUCCAAUUCAUCGGAUGCAAGCAUUGAUGUUGGGGAUGGCGGCACUGCUGGCUCGAACGCCACUAGUACCACUACCAACACGACAGCGCAAUGCGAUAUUACGAUCUACGUCGGCUGGACGGGCACAGACAAGAAUGGAGAAUACCUUGGCAGUGCGUCGCUACGGAUGUCCCAGUUCUCAAAGUACUCAAUCGGCUCUUUCUUUUCGAAUAUUGGUGCGAGUCUGUCCAAGUUGGCUCCUACUAGCCGCAGCGAUGAUUCAAGCUAGAGAAUACAAUUAAGACCUCAGCAUUUGUUUUUGUUCAUGUUGUAUCGAGUAUGAAGUGCACACUUUCAUUGUGCGUGCUUGUUCUAUAAGGCACAAUGCACCUCGCGUUCAAAUUGAGAACGUAAAUGUCUAGCGA